CUCGUCGUUGGCAUCGCAUUGCCAAAUGUCUCGUCUCAGCCGUCUGCUGCCCUCACUAGCGGCGGCGAGGCGCUCUUACUCGAUAUUCUCCUCUAAAUCAGGCGGCGGUCGAUAUUUCAAUUCUGCGAAAUCUUCAAAGGUUAUCGCGCCAUCGACGUCCAAGUCGUCUCCCGCUCCCGCCGCCAAUGUCAACAAUGCAGGCCCUUCAGCCGCACCUGAUUCCCCACAGCCGAAUCCUACAGACGAGCUAACUUCGUCGUCAUCGCAGCAGACAGCGGUGGACACGCGUCAUUCAUAUACGGUACACGAAGCACUUCCAUCCGCUCCGGCUUUGUCGUCUCCUUCCAUAGACUUCUCGCCUUUACCACCGCAUCCAACAAUGAAGCCAAAUGAACUCGUUCUGCACCGAUUUUUCGCUUUGCAUAGACCAUGUCUACUGCUUAAUCAACCCGCGACAACAUUAUUUGAAUCUGCUCCACCGACGACGUCUUCAUCGACUUCAGACUUUGCCGCACCCCCGGCUUCACUAGGGACUAUUGAUGACCCUCCAAUGGCGUCCCCCGAGGCUGACGCAGAUGCUGCAAGGCAGCUGAGCCGGGCUAUCGUGAUGAACCGGGUUGGAAAUCUGACUGACUGGGGGAGUGCACUGGCUCGAUUGGGCUGGCAUGAAGUGAAGGAACCUGUACCGCCUGUACCUGCUGGAAUCAGCAUGGACAGCGUAAAGAGAAAGCGUAGAAAGAAGAUGAAGCAGCACAAGCUUAAGAAGAGGCGAAGACUCCAACGUGCAAAGCGACUUAGGCUGGGCAAAUGAGGGCAAGGAGUGAUGGGGACGAGUGACGGGUUUGUGAAGGCUACAGCGAUUGACUAUCACGACCUUUUUUAUUCAACACGCCUGCUUAUCAUUGCAUUGUGUUUCUAUUUACAUAUAACUGCUUUAAA